CUGUGGCGUCCUGUCUGCGUGUGCUCGCGCGAGCUGUGAGUGUGUCAGGUCUUUUGUUGUUGCUGGCUCCGUCCGAUCCGACUGCGGCCUCGAUGGCGGCUCGUCUGUCAAAAGGCCGCUGUUACUUCGUCGCUUUAUUUGUGGAGACCUCAAGUGCAGGAAGAAGACGCGCGACCGUCUAAGGCAAGAAACGAGCGCGAGACCCGGAGGCGCGCGACCACCGGGUGCACGCGCACGCUGUCCAUUGAACGACGCCCCGCCGACAUUUUUCAGAAACGCGCUCUUGUCAAAUACGUAACAUAAAUAACGCCAUCGUUGCUAUUCACUUCAUUCUGAUUCAGAGGGUUUAUAAAGGCGCAUUUGGUGUGAAUUGUAAUUCGGUGUCAAUAAUAUAAAUAGAACUUACCGUCCAAGCUAAAUGCUAAACAACAUUCCUUGAAGCGUAAAAUCGGUCCCAUUAUUUACAGCUCAUUUUUAUAUACUUUUACAUCAAUCACAGGCGACCACAGACACAGAAUGUUACACCUACAGAUUUAUUUUAAAUACUCGAAGAUAGACAGGUAGAAAAGUAACCUCUCCACUAGGAGGGAAAACACAGACCUUUGUAUUGGUUUAUAUUGAUUUUUCAUCUGAAAAUCAGCUGAAAUACUUUGAGGAAUGAAUGGUGAUUAUAAUUAUUUACUGAGUUCCCUGUGUAUCAGAACUUAAAUCAGGGAGAUAACUCACUGUGGCGUCAGUUUAAUUGUGAGCCUUGACGAUUGAAUAUAGUCAUUUCAGUUGUUCACUAUAUUUGUGCAUAUUCAGUCACUGGUUAUAACACUGCAUUGUUAACCCAUUCAUUAUUUCAGACUCUCUAACCUCUAGCAUCAAUGACAGGAGGCGAACUUGACCAGAAAUAACCGAAUAUUUAAUGUACUGGUUCAAAUAUUUAUACGUGUAGAGUCAAGGAGCCAGAUGAGCAGGUUGCUCUGCUAUAAACUUUAGCUUGUUUUGUUCCUUGACCAGCGAUGACGGUGACGCACUAGGACCCGGAGCCAGAGCAUAUUCAGGACAACCAGUACAUAAGAGGCUUAGUGUAUCUAAUCUACACUCCGGCACACAAGCCCUGCACACACACACACACACACACACACACACACACACGCACACACACACAUUUCAUAAACAUCCCAUUUUGAAGGCAGCACGCAGCCACGUCCCACUGGCCACACAAGCAUCGAGUUUUCAUUUAGUUUUCAUUUUCUCUCCACUCUUCUAUUCCCCUCGCUGACCUCCGGAUCCAGAACGUUUGCCCAUAUGCUCCACUAUUUCCUCUCGUGCACUUUCAUGAGAGCAAGUCUUCUCACAGCAGCCAUUCUCCUAACUAAAGAGUCUAGGUUUCCUGAUGACGAUGACUAAAGCUACUGUGGUUUUAUUUUCAUGUCGAUGUAGAAUAGAGAAAAAGAAAAAAGAAGUUAUUUUUCUUUGGUCGGCAACACUGGAGGUUGUCUCCCUCUAAAUUCCCAGCUGUUUAUUUUCCAGCUGUCAAGGUUCUGGCAUCAGGUCGUUCGAUACACAGGGAGCUUUUGCAUGUCGGCGUGCACACUGUGUGCUUCUAGUGAAUGUGUGUGACAGUCACACGCUCACACAUACACACAUGCACUGAGUUCAGCCGAUUUAUCAUAAUAUGCUUUAUCUGAAAAGUAAGUAUCUUACCUCGGGAUAAAGGGAGGAAAGAGGGGUUUGUGGCCAGAUUGACAGAGGAAGGGUGGACGGAGAGAGUCGAGUGUCGGCUGCACUGGGACACAGAGCUGGAACUACACUUUUGAGGAGAGAUUGAUCUUGUGCCGAUAAGGUCGGCCCACUGGAUCAGACGCAGGGGAAGAAGAUCAUCGACUGCCCGCUGGUUUCCCAGGUGUAGGCUUGCUUUUAAAUGGGAGACAGAUAAGGUGUAGCUUUACGGCCAAAACAUUAUGACCACUUCAGUUUUGGGGAGACAAAAACCACAUGUAGUUCAACCACACUUUCUUAUAUCUUGCUGGUAAUUUUUUGCUGGAGAACAUCAAGUUCUUCUGCAGAAAUGCGGCUCCUGAAGCAGCUCUCCCAACGGUGGCCUCAGGACAUAAGGCAAAUCCCACAACAUUAACAAAUGUGUGCUGCUGAAGCAGUCAGCGGCCACACUGCAGUGCUGAUAUGGCACCAACAUGUCACGGACAAGCUUCCACCCAGGAAAGCCCAAGCAUGAAUCACGGUCAUAUUGGAGCUCAGGAAAGCAGCUUCAGCAACCGCGAGCUACUGUGAGGGCACCUGAAGAGCAGCCAGUGGUUCAGUCCACACUUCUGAAAUCACCAUAUAUAAUAUAUGAUAAAUGAUAUUCCUCUCAUUGCUGAGUUUUCACGAUAAAUAUCAAUGGUGUAACUAUCAGAAUCAGAAUCAAAUUUAUUGCCAUGGUCAGUGGGGAGCCCACUAACUAGGAAAGUGCUUCGGAAUAAAGUGCUGACAAAAAAUAAAUAAAAUAAAAUAAUAAUACUAGGGAGGAAUCACAAAAAAAUCACAAAAUCCAACAUAAUAAGUUGAAAAUUUAAAGUAUUAUUAUUAUUGUAUUGACGGCCCGUGGGCUACUCCCUGGUCUCUGCAGGCGGGCACCAUGUGACCCCUGAUCUACAGACACGUCCUGCCUGUUGCAUGUCAGCAUCAGAGAAACGCUUCAUCCUCAUGUUAGUUCCAUAAAGGCCUGGUGCUUGUUUGCUUAACUGACGUGUGAGUGGUGUCUCGAUCAGAUGUCCAGUGCCAUAUUGUUUAGGUGAACCGUCUGUGUCGACUGGUAUAUUCAGGACUGACGACAGGAUUCUACACGCUAAACAGAGUCCUCCUGACUGACAGUGAGCUCGUAGCAUGUUGUCACCCACUUUUUCUGCUGCUGGAUGUCAGCGCAGGUGCUUGAAGUUAAUAGGCCUAUCCGUUUGAUGCGAGGCCGUCUAGUAGCUUUAACAAGCCUAGGAGAGAUCCUCGCUGCUCCCAGUCAGUGAUACAAACCUAACCAGCCUAAAUCCUAAAUCUGUCUAAGAACAAACCGAGUCACAUUAUUCAUCUCCUAAUUCCAACACAUACUGGUGUCGACUUACCUUUGGACAUGAGGAGCCUUAAAGCUGCCCUUGAACUGUUGUGCAUCAUUCAUGUUUACUGCACUGUUUUAUAAUAAAGUAAAGACAGAUUAUUACCUUACACUGUCUGCGUGUGUGUGUGUGUGUAAUAUUGUCGACCAGAAGUGCCACAUUUAUGUCGGACAGCGGGUCCCACUGUCACUGCAGGGGAAACAGUCGACGCAAACAGGUAUAGAGGGACAGGGAUUUGCUGUCUGAUCCACGCACGCAUAUACAUACGAGGUAAUCUCUAAGCAAGUGUAAUUGUUUACCAGGGUGAAAAUAGGCUUCUUUUUAUAGGCAGGUCCGGUGCAUUCCGUUAUGAAAUACAGGAAGAAGUAGACACACUGCCCCCUACUGGCAGAAGAAGGCCGCUCACUCGUCAACGGCAUUGCCGCCCAACAAAAAGGUCAUCGACUCACUGGUGACAUCUGCUGGUCGGCAGGCGCAUUGAAUAUUCACGUGCGAUUUUACUUCGAGGUGAUGAACGCAAAACUGACUACAAGAAGUUGACAACCAUGUCCAAGUUAUAUUCAGAUGUAUAUUUAAUAGAUGUCGAUAAAUACACAUGAUAUUCUAAAAGAUUUGAAAUACACUUGUUUUCCAUUCAUGAUUUUCUUUUUAAAUGUUUGGGUCUGUGACUGUAAAAAAAAAAGAUUUGAUGAAUUCUAAAAUGAUUGGAAUCAUCUUUGUCAACGGAUAUGACCCAUCAGGUGGUUGAUGGUGGAGGCGCUGCUCUACUCCCGCUCAGCGAUGGCGACCAGGUGGGCUUCUAUCUCAGCUUCCGACAGAGUCCUGGAGGGGAAGAAAACAUUUUAAAAGGACAACAAAGAGAUUAAAUUUCCUCAUUGAUGUUUUACAAAUAAGUUGAUGUGUAGAAGGAGGAUUUCAAAUGACCUGAAUUUGGGUUCUACUUUGGUGACGACGGCCACUUCCAGCUCCGUGGCUUUGAAGUCCAUGGACAGCACAGAGGAGAGGCAGGAUAUGGCCAGCUGGAAACCGAUCACCACGGUGAGACGCCUGGACAGAGCUGCUCCUGACACCAGCACCUACCUGCACCGUCCUGUCGUGAGUCAGCUCCAGCUUCUUCUUCAGUUUCUUCUCCAGGUAGCUGUUGGCUUCCGUCUGUUUGGCGCCGACGGCCGUGGCUCUGAACCCGCAGAAGUAGCCUGCCGGGUCACAUUUGUACAAGACCGGCCCUUGCUGGGGGUCGAUAGCCGCCAUGAUCAUACCUGCGCGAGGACCACAACAACCCUCUUUCACAAAUGAAAAACACGAUCAAGUCAGAUCUAUCCGGGACUCACAGCAGCCCAGAGGCCUCAUCUCAGCGUUCUGAGUGUAAACUUGAGCAAUAUCCGCCAAGCGGCGACACAGCAUGUCCGCCGUGAUGUCGUAGCCGAACUUGUACUUCCACUCUCCCGCUUCCACCCGGGCACGGUGCACCUGCGAGCGGCUGUCGCCUGUUGACAUGGCACACAAGGUCAGUGCUUCCUCCUGAGGUGGAGCCUUCAGAUAUGCUGCGUAUAUGUGCCUCACGCACCACUGUGGCCGGUCAUCACACAGCCGAUGCGAGGGGUCAACUUAAACAUGUUGGUCACAGUCGAGGAGUCCAGGAGCUUGUCCUGCAGGGGGAGCAGACACUUGUUAGGCCGGAACAUGACAAGUCACGACAAGAUGAAGAGCAUUCAUGAAACGGCUCUCCAUUUUCUGAUGUGCUUGACAAUGUUCCCUCUAAGAUUCUUGCACAGGAUCACUGCUCCAUGACAAGCGGCCACAGAAUACGGUGGCCUCAAGUGGGCCAAAGUAAGUCUCACAACAGAUGGAUUCAAGAGCCUUAUCAAUCUACAAUCUACAAAUAUUUGUAAAAGUUGCUUCAAGUUCUUUAAUAUCCAGCGCCCUGAAUGGUGAAAUGUGACUUCAAUGAUCAGAGUUAGUUUCCUUAUCGUAUAUAUAUGUAUAUAUAUAUAUAUAUAUAUAUGCGUGUCUGUGUGUGUGUAAAGAAAAGACAAUUGAAAGCCUUUAUUUUUUAUUUUAAAUUUUACACAUUCCAUUCCUCAAUGUGAAUUAUGCAAAUUGUAAAUACUUAAAAAAUAUGUUUUUUAAACUUGUUAUGUAAUUAUUAUUGACGAUUACUACGGGAAAGUUUUGCAAGAUCGAGUAAUACUAUUUUGUUUUUGUCAUGUCCCCUUAGGGGCUCCGUAGAUUACAGCAGUCACCUCAGCCGAUAACGACAGAUCGCUCACAUGGGUCCAACUGACUGCUGAGAAAGUUUGUGUGUUUGCUCAGACAUAUGAAAAAUUAAAAGGCGCUCUCUGCUCAAAACUCUUUGGCUUUGAACAACCAUUUCACUGACGCCUUACACCAGUUUUAGACCAACAGCGCCACCUACUGAGCUCUGAAAUGAGUCCUCAUCACUGGAAAUAUGAGACAAAAAACUGCUCGUUUCUAAGGUCGACUGACAACAGCGAACACAUUACUUGAACAAUAAAGAAAACUAAUAAGAAGAAGAACCUCAUAUUUAUCUGAAAUACCCAAUGAGACAAGCAGAUUUGACAGAUCCCAAGUAGACCAAACAAAGGAGAAGCCUUCUCACUAUUGUGCGUUCAACUCAACUAUGAGCUUUAACAAGGUUAAUGUUUGGUCAUUUAAGAAUCGAAGCAGCUUCAUCUCAAGUGCCACGUCAGCAGAAAGCGGCUGCCAUGACGCUCCUCUGCCAGUGUCUGAGUGUGUGGGGAACCUCACCGGUAUCUUCUUCUGUGUCACCACCACCACCGUGUCAAUCCCUCGAAUUCCCACUGAGGUCAACCCACUGUGGGUGAUGGCUUUGAAAGCAUAUUCUGGAAAACACAAAAUCAAUACACAACAUGGUGUUAAACGUUUAUAAAACAUCAGACAGUUGUGUACAAAAAACUUCACCAGUGAUAACUGUGGCAUAUUUUCUGUAGCUAAAUCCAGACUCGACUGGAAAUGAUUUGUUUACAUCAAGUGUUAUUACAGACCCCUCCAAACAAUAUCACUUCAGGAAAACAUACUUUUUUUAGAAAACGUCCUAAUAACGUAUUUUCCUGGUUCCUGCGUGGAGGAAAUUAGUCAGAAGCUAGAAUUGAACCUGCAACCUUGUUGGCUAGAGCUUCCACAGAAACAGUGACCAAAGUACUUGAUCCACUGACACGGAUGCUUGAGUCCUGGGGUCAGAGGUCAGCAGAGACCACUGGCCUGCACUGCUCCCUUUCUGAGGCAUUUUAUGUGAAACUGUUGAAUAAACUCAGCUGAAUCUAGGCAACAGGACUCACCACUACAGACCAAACCAGGCCCACGUAUGUUUAACUUUCCAGCAAUGAGUCUCAGAUGCUGAACAGAGUCAGUAUAAUAUAGGAAAUAAUGUGAUGAGUCAUUCAUUUGUUAUAAUAUCACACGUAAAUCAUGUCGUCAUCUUCCUGACAAAAGUCUACAAACACAUGCAGUGAACAAGCGUUUCACUGUCACGUCACAUAUUAGGAUUGUACACGUCUACAUUAAGUAUAAAAAAUCAUCCAGGAAUGAAAAGUUGGCCCGAGACAGACGCCAUGUUUGAUCUGACAAGUCGACAAGUCACGUUUCCGACGAGGUGGUUUCGGACUGUCACCCCGGAAUUUAAUGUUAAAUAAUCGAACCACAACACCGCCACGGUCGUUGCUCUCACUUUGAGAGAGAAGUCCGUCCAAAACCGAACUCACCGACUUGGUACAGGCGCCCGUCCGGGGAGAAGAUAGUGAUGUGUCGGUCGAAGCCUGCGUUCGAGCCGCGGGACAUUUCUGCGGGUCGGUACCUGCAAAACAACGGUGGCUAAAACGCGCAGGCAAAACUUCUCAAGACGACAGUCGCGAAGAGUCGGGGACUACAGGGCGGCUUCCGGCAGCAUGCUCGCGCUCGGGAGCUGAACAGACGAGGAACGGCGCUUCCAGGUUGGAUCUUAUUUUCACUUUCUCUUUCAAGCGCUGCCUCCAUCUUGUCACCGCAGCAGGGUCGUGAACUGCUUAGGGGGGCCCGGUUGAGUCGAUGGUGUGACUCAAGCGACGCAAACACUCAGUUAUUGUUAAUAAUACGGUCAGGAAAAGAAACUAAUAAGCGAACAGAACAGUUCUGAUGCAGUUGCAUUAUACACUUGGUGUUAAAUGUAAACAAAAAUCCGACAAACUGAAGCUGAAACAUUUGACGUAAACACUAUGAAAACCUGCAUGAAUUUUAAAAAUGUAUUCAUGCUCUUACACACCUCUCCAUGGUAUGAUUUCAUGUGGCUUUGCUUUUUUUCCUGUAUAUUUCAUUGUUUAGAGGAAACUCUGAGACAUGCAGUGGUCACUGGGCGGAUGGUGGUCCGCUGUUCAUGGACUGACCGUUGGCUUUCUCUUGCUAGUACAUGUUGCAUUGCUCAUUUUAAGCAAAACCAGAAUGAAGACCAAGACUUUGAGGGCUCGGGAUCGAGUCGAGACCAAGACCAAUGCAGGAGGCGACCAGGACCAACAGCGGGACCACACUGAACACAGAAAAAAAAAGAUUUAUUUUGAAAAAUGACAACACAAUGAAGUACAUGUCUAUAUGACUAAUAGACUCGAGACUUCUGUGCUGUUCUUACUCCCGCCCUCUGGUGCUUCAAGUCAGUAAUGCAACUGAACAUGUGCGAGCCAGAAAAACACACCAGAUGAAGUGGGCCAUGACAAGAAAAAAAAUGAAAUCAUUAAAUAUUGUUUCAAUGUAUCCUACAGUUUUUAAAAACCGUCACAUUUUGAAGACUCAUCUGAGUGAGUAGUGCGCACCUCCAGGAUGGGGAGCAGCUGGAGAGCCCCCCUCUUGAUCCGCCCCUUUCAGCGAGCACUCAGAUGCAAGUGACUCAACCAGUCAGGUGAGCGAGGCCUCACACCUUAUGGAAAGAGACUUCCGUGGGAGGGUGGAUGGACGCGAGCCACAUUGCUCCGUCUGCAGUGCCGUCACUCCGCUCGGCCAGGGCCUCCUGAGACUCCCGGGUCAUGGCGGGUCGUCGGGUGGGCUUCUGUCUCAGCGACAAGAAGAGGAGGAAGAUGAAUCUGGACGCCUUUGCAGAUUUCUGUGCGAGCCACGGCGUGGAAGUGGUGGAGAUCGACCUCAGUCAGCCGCUCGUGCCUCAGGGACCCUUCGACGUCAUCGUUCACAAGCUCUCCGAGGUCAUCGUGGAGGCCGAGCACGACAGCCAAUCACAGCAGCUGCUGGACAACUUCCAGCACUAUGUGUCGGCUCACUGCAACACAGUCCUUCUGGACCCGUUGCCCGCCAUGACCAAACUUCUGGACCGUUUCGCCUCCUACCGAAUCAUGAGCAAGCUGCAAAACUCCCUCCGAGACUGGCGUAUCUGCAGCCCCCCGUACGUGGAGAUCAACAGUGUGAGCGACCUGUCCACAGUGGAGGAGGCGGUGACGGAGCAGGGCAUAAGCUUCCCCCUCAUCUGUAAAACAAGAGUGGCGCACGGUUCGCUCUCCCAUGAGAUGUCCCUGAUCUUCAGCGCCGACUGUCUGGCAGACGUCCGUCCCCCCUGUGUGCUCCAGAGCUUCGUCAGCCACGGAGCCGUGCUGCACAAAGUGUUUGUGGUCGGAGACAGGCACUUCUGCGUGGAGAGACCGUCCCUGAAGAACUUCCCCUCCGGACCAUGUGACAGAAAGACCAUCUUCUUCAACAGCCAUCAGGUGUCAAAACCAGAAUCCAGCUCAGAUCUGACAGCACUGGACGAGCAGAUGCCGUGCCUGCCCCCGCCCAGCUCGGAGGCUGUAGGCGCCCUGGUCAGAGAGCUGCGUGUCCAGCUGGGCAUGGCUCUCUUCGGCGUGGACGUCAUCAUCAACAUCCACACUCACACGCUCACCGUCAUCGACAUCAACAUAUUCCCAGGUUACGAGGGGGUCCCACAGUUUUUCGCAGCUUUGCUGAGUCACUUGAAGACAGUGUUGGACCGUGGGACAGCAGCUGCAGCAGAAGAGCCCUGACUCUCCACUUUAACACCUGAGAAAUGUCUCCUUCAAAGAAAGAGGACGCAGAGUGAUUCACACAUUUUCUGAUUUUAUUGAGUGACGGCUCGGAUAGAAGAUACAGCAGGCACGAAGAAACACCACUGACCCGCCCACAAACAUCGCCCCCUGUUGUUUGAAGUGUCUCCUGUUCCGUCCCGUUGCCUCCCUGACAUGUUCUACGUCAUUCUUGCUGGUUUGUAAGAUACAUUUCUAAUUAAAAAAAAAAAAAAAAAAAAAAA